AUGCGGCGCCAUCCUCGGAGUGCACUGGGGAGCUGGCCCUCUUCAGCUCUCCCUCGACCAUUUAUCCCAUCAUGCACCCCAUGGAGCAACGGCGUCAACGCGCGAUUCCAAAGCUCAAGCUCCGGCUCCGAUAAACCAUUCCCUUCCCCCGACGAAUCGAACGAACAUGUCCGCCGCCGUCGCCGCCGCUCAAGGAGAGAUCCGAAAUGUCAAAGGCUACCUCUCACUGUGGACUCACUUGGAAAGCCUGGAGAAAUUGUGGUUGUGCCGACAAAGCGACCUCCGAGCUUAAAGCAAAAAUUGCGGGAAAUGAAGAAGACGAAUACGGAGGAUGCGCAGAUGCAGAUGCAGACGGUCACACUGAGCUCAAUGCUGGAUGAUUUGGAGGAAGAAUACACCCCGUUGACUCAAAGCGCAAUUCACGAACGCAUUGAGAGUCACAAUGCCUCGAAAGACCUGAAUGCAAAAAUGACCGAGAGCGAAUGGGAGUCUGUACGAAACAGCCUUGCUUCGUCAUUCACCUACAUCCAAUUAUCGGAAUACAUCGAAGAAUAUGACCAACACCAGUCUCAGGGCGAGGGAAAUGCAGGAAGAUGGAGGCCUGGUAUAUCCGCUUUUCUGCACGCCAACCCGGAUCUACACACGGGAGUUACGAAACGGGUGGCUACAUCGCAAGAUUUGAAGGGCAAGGCUUUGCUGGCAGAGCGGAUCCUUCGUGAUUGCUGGCAAUUAUCGGUCGCCGAUGAGAUUGGCCAGUUGGACCUCCGUCUGUCGCCAGCUUUCAUCGCGUUGCUGCUCAACGCAAAGCACUUUUCCUUCGAUGAGGUGGCCACUAUGCACCAGUCUAGCAUUGACAUCACGAGCUCCCUUGGCUUGGUGAGGAUUACUGGCCGCCAGAAUCCUUGCGAGUCGAUGUGCGAAAUCAUCCUUGAUGCUAUCGCCAGAAUUCGAGAGGAUCCGACCGGUCUUGACGUCCUCGCAUCUCGCCCGGGCCUGAAUCAAAUAUACCCCCCACACUUGUUGGAAUGGAUCAGCAAGACCUAUGGUGUCGCUCUGGAGAAUGGUACCUCUCAAGUCCCAGAAAAGAUUCUGUACCUUGCAGAAAACAAAGAAGGUGCAGAUAAUGCGCGGAGGGUCCUCAAUCUCGCACUCCACGAAGUGACUCCUGCUUCAGUACCCUUCUCCACCUAUUUCCCUGCUUCGGAGACCGCAAAUGUGUACAACUACCAUCCAGAGGGCAGUGUUUCAUGGUUGGAUCAACAAAAACAAUGGUUCCGAUGGGCAAUGCCCUCGACACAGUCUACCGAGACUGAAAACAAUUCCACUCCUCUCUUUGAUGGUCAUCAGACUCGACUCUCAGACCAUUUGUUGAACCUUCUCCGCCAGAUACCUAUUCCAGCUUCGAGUCCGGGAAGCGGUUUGAAAGUGUACGAGUCCGUGACUGCUGCAGUGGGCCACUGUUUAUUCACACGGAAACCCUCACUUGAAAAUGCGACUAUCACCCCUUCGCAGCUGGGAAAGCUAUCUCUUCCAAGAACCUUCUCCACCGAUAUCCCUCGCAUCAUAAAUUUCCUGGCCUCCCUCCGGCCUAUCACCCCGGUGGUCGGAACGCAAGUUCACAACAUUCGAUUGACGCCGUCAUCUGCAUAUGCUAGCCUGGCCCCGACUCUUGAUGUCAAGAUUUCUUCCAAACUAGGCAAGACCCUGGGAAGUCCCGAAGACUCGUUCGACGUGCAAAGCAUCAAGUUUAUCCGUGGAUCAACCGCUGUCGAUUAUCUCUUGCCGGAGAACGGCCUCGACCUUCGGUUCACCCGCACAGUCUACAAUGAGCUUUCAGGAGAAGCACUCGAAGAAUCCGUGGAGAACCUCGAUCUCGUCAGGAGCAUCGAGUCCUCCCUGCGUAAUAUUGUUCAUUCUGACAUGACACCGGCCGAUUCAAGCUCAUUACCGGUAUUCUGUCAAAUCUCACUCCCCAGCAACCUCGCCCAGCCUGGAGCAUCAUCUAGUGACGCCCCCUCCUCAAUCACAGCGGAGUACAUGCUACCACCGAUUCAAAAUCUCCGUGGCUCUGCUAUCCAGCUCUACGAACUCGCCGACCGACAACUCAGCUACAGUUACUCUGAGACUGGGCCCUUCCUGCCCGCUCGUACCAUCGACGUAUCCCUCGACAUGCGCAUUCCCAACUCCCCAACGGAGGGUGUGGAGGCUGAUCAAUCUCAAUUCUCGCUGGAGUCGGAAUUCCAUUCCUUCUAUAACACGGCUUGUCGCAUGGCCUUUGAUAUCCAUGACUCGAAGUUGUUGGGUGUACAGGAUGGUCUUCUCGAACCGAGUCCCAUGUAUUAA